UCUGAGUUCAAGACCUCACCAUUCCAUUGUGUUUGUGAAUGAGCUCGCCGGCGAGAUCAUCGGUUUCGGCGACCAGCGGAGGCUGUGGAGGCGGGAGCAGUAGCAACGUGGCCUUCUGCGACGAUGCAUCCCCCUAUCAUUUCCCACCUGAGCUCAUCUCUGCUCACGAUCGCAAGGAGGAAGCCCUCUCCGCGCUGAAAUCGGAGCUGAUGACGGCAUUGCAGAAGGAGGUGAAAUCACUGGACGAGGAUAGUUGGAUGUUCUCUCGUCCUCGCUCUCAGAUCAACCUCAUCUCCAGACCUGGUGGAUAUGCUCACAAGCUAACAGAAACACAUGAUGGAGAACCGGAGAAGGGAAAAGAAGCGCCUCCUGAAGCAAACAUUGCAAAAAGAUGAUCCAGAUAAGAUAACACUCUAAACAACAACAUCAUGAUUAUAAUGCUGUUUAUAUACCUAAAGAAUUGCCAAACAACGGAGUUGGUUGUGUUUAAGAAUGGGCCAGCUACAGAGACACUUUCCUCUCUUUCUAUCUAUCUAUCACUUUGGAGUUUGGAAUCAUCAAUAUGAACAACACUAUUAAAUAAAGCAACUUAAGUAA